UAAAAAAAAUCUAGAUUGGCGCUGAAGUGACCAGAAGUGACAAGAUGGCACGUCAGCAGCAGGACAUCGACGAACUUUUUGACGUUAGAAAUCAUUUUUACAUCGGUAAUUAUCAGCAAUGUAUCAACGAGGCACAGAAGAUCAAGCCAUCCUCACCAGAAGUGACAAUGGAGCGAAAUGUAUUCCUUUAUCGCGCCUAUAUAGCGCAAAGGAAGUUUCGCGUGGUGUUAGAUGAGAUCAAUAAUGCAUCUCCACCAGACUUGCAGCCAUUAAAGACCUUAGCCGACUACUUCGCCAAUCCUCAUCGUCGGGAAGCCAUAGUAGCUGAGCUAGAUAAAGCAGCCGAUCAUUCAAAUUUAGAUAAUCAUAAUUUCCUGAUCGUGGCCGCGACCAUUUACUAUCACGAGAAAAACCUGGAGGCUGCUCUCAGAAUAUUGCACGAUGUGGAUCACUUGGAGUGCAUGGCACUGACGUUGCAGAUAUAUCUCAAGAUGGACCGUUUGGACCUAGCUCGCAAGGAGCUCAAGGCGAUGCAGGAAAAGGACGACGACGCUACCUUAACUCAACUUGCUCAGGCGUGGUUAAACAUAACUAGUGGCGGUGACAAGCUGCAAGACGCCUAUUACAUCUUCCAAGAAAUGAUCGACAAGCAUUCGAGUACGAGCAUGUUGCUGAACGGGCAGGCUACUUGCUUCAUUGGACAAGCUAAAUACGAGGAGGCGGAGGCCGCCUUGCAGGAGGCUCUCGACAAGGAUAGUAAUAAUCCAGAUACGUUAAUCAACAUGAUCGUUCUUUCCCAACACAUGGGGAAACCGCCGGAAGUGGCGAAUCGUUAUUUGAGCCAGUUGAAAGAUUCCCAUUUAGAACAUCCCUUCGUCAAGGAGUACUUGCAGAAGGAGAUAGAAUUUCACAGGCUCAAAAAGCAGUAUUCUUCCUCCGCCUGAGUGUUUCUCAGUAGAUUAUGGCAUUCCAUGGGAUAAGGAUCGAUAGAACUCGCGUGUCGAUUGUAUGGACAGAUCUAAGCGUGGCUUGCAAGCGAGAUUGAUUCCAGUGAUCUGAAGGCCUCCCGAUGAACAAAGCUUGUCUAGUUCAGCUAGAAAAUCUUCUGAAUAUCUAAAUCGAUACGAUAUAACUAUGCAGUGCGUUUUGAGCUUAGCGCAGUUUAAUUGUUGACAAUACGCACUUCUGUUAUGAAGUUUCUCUUUUGUCGAGAGCGGUGGCGCGUCCACGCGACAUUAGCUUAUAGGCCUUUGAACACGAUAUACAGCUUUCACGACGAUAACACGCAUAUAUUGAACUCCAAACAUUCUAACGAUUUCUCGCAGAGUAGAAAACAGUGAUGAUUCUUCUCUAUAUAGAUUAUCUCCAUCUUCGCGUAUGUAUGCAUGUUACUCUCGAAUUGAGACACUUUGUUUUCUUUCCCUUUGUUUUUUCGUUGAAGUAGUUACGCUGACAGGAAAUAGAGACAUAGGAAAAAAUUGCAUUUGGGCGAUGGGGACGUUCGAAAUCGUAAGAUCGGAGCCGUGCUAAUUACACGACUGACAAAAUCACGACCUCUAAUUCACUUUAUCUUAAUGUUAUAUAUACAUCAUAAUCACACAAAAGUAUGGCUGCCAUUUUAUAAAAUCAUAAGUUAUAAAUGAAACUAAAUAAAACGUUAGUUUCACGUGCAAUCGUCUCCCUUAUAUUGAUAUUCGUAUUACUGACUUAAAGAUGUAUAAAUAAGUGAAAUAUUGAAAUAAAAUAUUUCAUACAAUUAUGAACAUACAAACCGCAACAUGUCUUUCUGCAUUUCUCAAAAUACCUUGAUAUUUGUAGGUACUUGAUGAAAAUUAUUUUGUCGUCAAUGUUGAUAAAGGUUUACUCAUUAAUUUCUAUUAAUUUUUAUGAACAGAACUUCGAUUUUUACUGUAAAGAAAAAAUUAACUUUGAAUUCCCUAUAAAAUGAACUUUCGCAAAUUUCCUUUUUUUAACACAGACGAACUUGUACAAGUAACUGGGUAUGUUUGAGGAUUUAGUAUAAAAUGAGCCAUUAAUUUUGAGUGAGCAACGUAAGUCAUACUUUACAAUAAGUGACAAUACUAAUGAGAGAUCGUGCAAUCAGGGAUUUGAAGUAAAAUUUCAACAAACUGUCUCUUUGUGUAAUUUCCAAAAUUAAUGGCAUAAAUAACAUACACACAGGCAGACAUGUGUAAAACAAUUUAAUUCGUUUUAUUGGUGGCGGUGGGUCUUAAAGAACCGUACUAUAUGCAACAGAGCACACUGAUUUUACAACACAACAAGUGUCAAACUGUACAUAAAACAAAACCAUUCUUGUAUUAAAUCUUGUCUGUGUAUGUAAAUGUGUUCGGUAGAGUUUAUAUACAUAAAAUUAUAUUAUUUCUGGGUAUAUUUAACGUACGAAGCAUAUAUCAGUUAUAAUUACGAUUAAUAGAGUAAGACCAAAGUGUAUGUAUACAUCGUUAAAUUAAUGUUAAUCAAAGGCUGGAUGUAUUGAGUCUACGUGAUAUGACUCUCUUAUUUAAGUUAUUAAAAAAAUAUCCAUUAUAUAA